ACCGGAAGUAUAAUGUUCCUUGAUGACUUGAUGCGCGAACUUCAUGUGCAACUUCAACACGCUGGGCACACAUGUUUAAAGAUACUCUUCAAAAUGUUUAAACAGUUAGAAAAGACACCGAGGACCGUGUUAGCAUGUGAAAGAUCACACUUGGAUCAUGAAAAGGCGAGACUCGGCACACACGUAGAACAACACUUCUUUAACCACAAGGUAUCUCUUUUAGUCCCGGGGUGUGACCGGCUCCCUGCUGAGCUCGACUCUGCUCUGAACAGCAUGAGGUCAUUCCUCCUGGUCAAAAACCUGCCUCUAUCCCAGCUGCUGGACAAAGAAUUCCUCGAGAAGGCUGUUUACAAAGGUUCAACGUAUGGUCUAUCUUACCAGACCAGAAUAGAUGAGGACAACUGUUUCGCUCUUCUACCAAAUGGGAAGCUGGUCCUGUCGGUGGACAAAGACACAUACGAGACCCUGGGUCUGGAGGGGAAACCAUCGCAGUACCAGCGCAGGCCAGCCGGCAGAUACGUUGUGAGUGUGGACCUGAAGGAUCGGACCAUGUCCCCAGGUGGUAAGGGUCACCAGCGUGUUCUGAAGGCCCUGACGGAACACAACCCUCUCAGCUGUGACCUCCUGCUGAGUCAGCAUCUCCCAGGUGACGAAAGCCCCGCCCUCCAGAGCCUGCUGUCCAAUCACAAGCUCUCAGAACACAGACCUCGGGUCAGCACCCACGUGAUGACAUCAUUACCAUGCCCCACUUUGGUGACCUCUGACCUCCAGGGGGAGCAGCAGUCAUGUGACCCUCAGAGCUUCCUGGAGUGGCUGGGGGCCGUGGACGCGGGAGUCACGUUUGAGGAGGAGAGCGGCGGCUACCUGUCCACCUAUGAGUGUCCCCAGCCCCAGACGGUGUUGGACUCCGCGGUGCGGUGCUCAGUCACCGGACUACUCCUCCCUGAAGACAUCUACCACCUGCUGGACGUCCUCCGGCGCUCUGUGCUAGAACCCAAGCUAGCACCAUGGCUAGCUCUGACGGUGCACGGCUUCCAGGACAGCCCCGUCUCCUGGGGGACCGCCGAGCACGGCUUCCUGAGCGGAGGGGAGAACUUCUACACCCUGGUCCUCUUCCAGAACCUGGACUACUGGAUCUGCAUGGCCACCGGCUCGCAUGACGCCUGUCCGCCCUGACGGUCCCACCCCCCAACACUGCAAGGUACUUGAGGAUGGAGUCUGUGCCCUGUGACGACCCCCACACCCUCUUCAGAGCUUCGCACUCCCGCUCGUUGGCUUGCUCCAGGGCACUUCGGUUGGUGCUGCGCAUCAGCGCCUUGGACUCCCGCAGCACCUGGGGGUCAGGGGUCAGGGGUCAGAUGAAGGGUAUAGCUGAUGAUGAACGCGGACAUGACCUUUAGAACGGGCCCCAGUUUACCACCAAGUGUGAUGUUGAUUAGGGACAUCAAAUGUGUCCGCCCAGAUGUACGGUGGAUACAUUGUGG